AAUCAAACACUGAAUUGACUUGACUUAUAAUGAAGCCAAAAUUCAAUCACCAUUAUUGCUCUUCUAUUUUUAGCGCUCUCAAGAUCUCAGCUUCUUCUGCAUCUAAUAAUAAUAAUCAACUAAGUUUUUGUUCUCUUGUGGGCUUUUCCAAUUGCCAGCAUCAGAUAAACUCUUGCCCCAGAUUCUUCUCCGGUGACCCCAGAUUCUUCUCUACGAGUUUGUUCUAUAUUUCUGACUGAAGGGUCUGUAAUGGCAUCAGAAAUCUCAGUAAAAUCAUCAACCAGAAGCAGCUUUAUGGCCCAAGUGCUGCUCAGAAUUCUUGCCAUGGCUUUCACCUUGGCUGCAAUCUCUGUCAUGGUUACCAGCACCCAAUAUAUUUUGAUAUUUGGUAUCAAAUUUGUUGCCACCUACAGUGACUCAUCUGCAAUGAGGUUCUUGUUCGGUGCCAAUAUAACAGCAUGUAUAUUCUCGUUCAUAUCACUAAUCUUUGUUUGCGUUGUUAGCCGUUCAGAAUCAGACCUCAAGAAAUAUUUUUAUCUAUUUUUGCAUGACAUGGUGAUAAUGUUGUUGUUGAUCUCGGGAUGUGCUGCGGCGAGUGCAGUUGGUUAUGUAAGUAAAUAUGGAGAAGAGAAAGCUAAUUGGGCGCCUAUUUGUGGCAUUGUCAGCAAAUUUUGCAACCGAGUGAUGAUAUCUCUUGUGUUAUCUUACUUGGGUUUCUUCUCCUAUUUGGCACUUACAAUUAUGGCUGCCAAGAAAUUUAUGUGACCAGCUGAUGAAAGAUGAACGAAAGGGGGACGAGAUUUAAGGUUGGGACUUUAGAAGAGAAGAAUGUCACAGUUUCAGUUUAUAGAUGUAAAUUUCCAGCUUCAGCAUACAAUAUCAUAGGCUCAUGCUUUAUGGAAUGAUUUUUUCAGAA